AUGGUUUAUGCUGUAAAAUCCUUUGGGUACAGGAUGAAUCAAACGACUAAAAGUUUAAGAUUCAUGUCGAGGCCAUACGACUAUUCCGAUAUUUCCCUAAAACGACAUCAACGCACUCUAAAAACUUUUAAAACCGCUUUAAUCGUGUUCAGGAGUAUAAUUUCAUUCGGGACUCAAGCUCAAAGUGUAUUCAAAGCAUCGCUGGGAAUUUUCACUCCUAAACAAAUUAACCACCGAGGUUUUUAA